ACACCAUUUAAUUGCAAUCAACUAGGACCUGUUAAUUUACAGCUGAAUGAAAUACUGCCAGCCAUCGUUCCCGGCUCCAAAACAUCCACGAAGGAAGCUUCAGCACUCGCUCCCACCUCCAUGUGGACACAGCCGUCAACAUCGUGGCAUACUCCCUAUAUUCUUCCUCUUGCUCCACCCUUACAACUAACCCGUUUGACAAUCCCCAGCACCAGUAUUUCACAUGCUGGCAUAUCCAAAAAGCGCAAGUUAAAUGAGCUUAGCAUUAAUAGCGAUAGUUCAGGCGGAUUCGCUCCUACCCUAUCAAAACGCCCGAAACGAAACCAACAGGUCUUGCAGGUGACUACAUCCCAAGGGCGGCGUGGACGAGACCAAGGUGAUAACCCUGCGCAGCAUGAUGGAUGAGAAUGUGCACAACCACGGGACGUUCGACGACUGUCAGGACAUCCUAAAGCCAUCUGCGCUUCGAUGCAACUCACCACGUCGGCGCCGUCAACAGCUAAACAGCCCACUACUCCUCUUCUACUCGGACACACUCGCCCUCACGGCACCUACACUGAUCCCCAUGCUACAAAUCAUUGCUCUAAUGAGCAACCUCUGGGAUAUCUUUAGCGGGGUAUUUUAUGCAAAUCACAUUGUCCUACAUGGGUUACAUUCUCGUAACGGACAUACAUUGGACAUAAAAAUGCACAUCGCAUAUGCAUACUUACAUUUAUUACGAUGUAAGAAUGUAUCUAGUACUGACAAAUCUUCCAUGAAUCUGAGGUGUUGAAUGCCA